CAUCGCUCCCAAAGUGCAUCUGCAGUCUAAACUUCUUCUUGGCGGUCAUCUUUCGGAUUUAAACUCAUGUGCGACGCCGUGUUCGAGCCCGGGAGCCUCCCGGAACUCCGCAAGGCGCAAAUAGCCGCGGCCUAGGGUUCGUGCAUAGCCCCACACUCUGCGCCGAUCAUGGCGUCUGGUUCUCCUCGGGGGCGUAUUGAUCAGUUUUUUGGAGCCAAGAAAAGGAAGGCUCAAUCGCCUGGAUUGAAGUCGGGCAGAGGAGAGAAAGAUGCAAGAACCGCAGUGGAAGUGUCUCCGAGAGCCAAAGGUACUUUGGAUAACUAUUUGGUGGCAUCCCAAGACGAUGAACGCACAUUAAAGCCUUCGCAUGCAGGCCAUGGUCCGUCGACUACGCAAGAUACCGUCAAAAGAAAUUUGGCAUCGGAGAUUAAUUUGUCCAAAUACGUCGAUCAACAUGCCCCAUUAUUGGCCCAAGGGAGUUGUCAAACCUUUGAGUUAUCAGGUGAGGCUCAAAAGGAAUCAUGCCGAUACAAGGCUAGUGAUCUUUCAGUUGAAGGUACCAGUAAAGGUUGCUCUCUUUCUGCGCAGGGUGCAGAAAACUCUGAACUAAAGCAAUUUGCAGCAGACUUUUUAUCGUUAUAUUGUAGUGAACUUCAAACAAGCCAAAGUUCACGUAAGGGAAAUGAUAGCCAAUCAGUGUUAGUUGAUGAUAUGACAUCCAACAGCAGACAUUGUAUUUCUGACCAUGAUCAGUUUAAGAUCGAAGGAGUAAUCACUUGCCCUAAGGAGAAUAUUCCUGAAGGAAUACGGUCUGGUUUCAUAGUUGAAACUGGAAAAGCAGUUUUCAGCUGUUCUAGAGAGGUUAUGGUGGGGAGCAAUGUCAUUGAGCAUCAAGCAAGCUUGAGAAAAUGCAAUAACAUGCCUAACUCCACUGUUAACAUGAUUGAAUGCCAUACACCUGCAUCAUUGAAUGUUAAUGCCCAUGCUAGUGAAACACCCAAGUCAAUGCGUGGAAGCUCCAUAUUUUCACCCGGAGAAGCAUUUUGGAAUGAAGCAAUUCAAGUUGCCGAUGGUUUAUUAGGUCCAACAGAUGAUUUUUGUGUUCUAAGUUCGGAAAAAUUCAACACUGCAAAGAUCCAAUAUGAGCGAAAUAACUCGCACAAUUUGAGAUGUGGAAGUUGUGAUAAUAAUACAAAAGAACUGCAAGAUGAAGGUGAGAGCAGAAUCCUGCAUAUGGAAAUGGUUGCUUCCUCAAAGUCAUUGGGGAAGCAUGGGAAAACUUCAGGCGUGGAAGCGUCACCACUGCCUGUGAAGCAUUUUGACUUCUCAUUAGAUGACAAAAGCUUUGAUCAAAAUACUCCAUAUGAGUGUUCUGCAGAUGAGACGAAAGCAAUGAGAGAUAGAGGCAAUAAGCAAAUUGAAUGUGGUUCUGUAAAUCAUAAAGGUUUAUGGGUGGCUGACCACCUGACUAGUGGGAAUGCUCAGAUGAAUGGUGAACAUAAAGUAAAAGAUAUGCCUUCUAUUCAUGCUGUGACUAAAAGGGAAAAAGUGCAUGUAUUGAGGGAAGACAGUGGUAGCAUCACACCCGAUGCCCCGGGUAUGGAAAACAGGAAUGUCAUUGCUAGUCAUGCAUAUAAUGAAGCGAGCACUCCCUCAAGUUUUCCUCCACCAAGAGACCGUCUAGACCUUAGCAAUUGGCUUCCUUCUGAAGUAUGCAGUAUAUAUAGAAAGAGUGGAAUUUCAAAACUGUAUCCUUGGCAGGUUGACUGCCUCCAGGUUGAUGGUGUCUUACAUAGAAGGAAUCUUGUAUACUGUGCAUCUACUAGUGCUGGUAAAAGUUUUGUUGCUGAAAUUUUAAUGCUGCGGCGAGUCUUGUCAACUGGAAAAAUGGCACUACUUGUUCUUCCAUAUGUAUCCAUCUGCACAGAAAAGGCAGAGCACCUUGAGAUACUUCUGGAACCAAUAGGGAAGCAUGUUCGUAGCUAUUAUGGAAAUCAAGGGGGUGGAACACUACCUAAAGAUACUUCUGUAGUUGUCUGCACAAUAGAGAAGGCAAACUCUUUAAUUAAUAGAUUGUUGGAAGAGGGUCGUCUCUCAGAAAUUGGAAUCAUUGUGAUAGAUGAAUUGCACAUGGUUGGUGAUCAGAGUAGAGGUUAUCUUUUAGAAUUAAUGUUGACAAAGCUUCGUUAUGCAACUGGUGAAGGCAAUGCUGAUUCAUAUAGUGGAGAAAGUUCAGGUACAAGCAGUGGUAAGACUGACCCUGCCCAAGGUUUACAAAUUGUUGGAAUGAGUGCAACCAUGCCAAAUGUGCAAGCUGUUGCUGACUGGCUUCAAGCAGCAUUAUACCAAACAGAUUUCCGACCUGUGCCAUUAGAAGAAUACAUUAAAGUUGGUAAUGUCAUUUAUAACAAAAGAAUGGAAAUUGUUAGGACAAUCUCUAAAGCAGCUGAUCUUGGUGGUAAAGAUCCCGAUCACAUUGUGGAACUGUGCAAUGAAGUUGUUCAAGAUGGCCAUUCAGUUCUACUCUUUUGCCCUAGUCGAAAAGGAUGUGAAUCAACUGCAAGACAUAUUUCGAGAUUCCUGACCAAAUUUUCUGUCAAUAUGCGUGAGGAUAAGUGUGAGUUUAUUGAUACCAAUUCAGCUAUAGAUGCCUUAAGAAAGUGUCCUGCGGGAUUGGAUCCUAUAUUAGAAGAAACUCUUUCUUGUGGUGUUGCCUAUCACCAUGCCGGCCUCACGGUUGAGGAAAGAGAGAUUGUUGAGACAUGCUAUCGCAAAGGACUUGUACGUGUCUUGACUGCUACAUCUACCUUAGCUGCUGGGGUUAAUUUGCCUGCAAGGAGGGUCAUUUUCAGACAACCCAGAAUUGGUCGUGAUUUUAUUGAUGGUACAAGGUACAAACAAAUGGCUGGUCGGGCUGGUCGAACUGGAAUAGAUACAAAAGGGGAAAGUGUACUAGUUUGCAAACCAGAAGAGCUAAAAAGAAUUAUUGGGCUUCUUAACGAGAGCUGUCCGUUGUUGCUUUCUUGUCUCUCUGAAGAUAAGAAUGGAAUGACUCAUGCUAUCUUAGAAGUCGUGGCUGGAGGAAUUGUUCAAACUGCAAAUGAUAUUCAUCGAUAUGUUAGGUGCACCCUUCUCAAUUCUACAAAGCCAUUCCAAGAUGUAGUCAAAUCAGCACAAGAUUCUCUUCGAUGGUUAUGCCAUAGAAAAUUUCUUGAAUGGAAUGAAGAUACCAAGUUAUACAGCACCACACCUCUUGGACGUGCAGCCUUUGGGAGUUCUCUUUCCCCGGAGGAAUCACUAAUUGUGCUGGAUGAUCUUUCAAGAGCCAGAGAAGGUUUUGUGCUUGCGUCUGAUCUUCACUUGGUUUACCUAGUAACUCCCAUUAAUGUUGACAUGGAACCAGAUUGGGAGUUAUAUUAUGAAAGGUUUGUGGGUUUGUCUGCCAUUGAUCAGUCAGUUGGCAAUCGAGUUGGAGUUGUUGAACCGUUCUUGAUGCGCAUGGCCCACGGUGCACCAUUGUGCAGUUCAAAUAGAUCCGGGGACAACAAGCGGGGAUUUCUUAACAGGCUUGACAACCGACACAGGAUCACAAAUAAUAUUAUGCUUUCCAUUGAGCACUCAAUUCGAGUGUGUAAACGAUUUUAUGUUGCUCUCAUUUUGUCGAGACUAGUUCAGGAAGCACCUGUUGUUGAGGUUUGUGAGGCAUUUAAAGUGGCUAGAGGCAUGGUUCAAGCCCUACAAGAGAAUGCUGGAAGGUUUGCAUCGAUGGUUUCUGUGUUUUGUGAGAGGCUUGGAUGGCAUGAUCUCGAAGGCUUGGUUGCUAAGUUCCAAAACCGUGUUUCAUUUGGAGUGAGACCAGAGGUCGUAGAGCUUACUACUAUUCCAUAUGUCAAGGGUUCUCGAGCAAGAGCACUUUAUAAAGCUGGCUUGCGCACACCUCUAGCAAUUGCUGAAGCAGCUAUUCCUGAAAUAGUCAAAGCUCUUUUUGAAUCUUCAUCAUGGGCUGCACAUGAAUCGGCACAGCGGCAUAUGCAAUUUGGAAUAGCCAAGAAGAUCAAGAAUGGUGCACGCAAAAUUGUCCUUGAUAAAGCUGAAGAGGCAAGGGUUGCUGCUUUCUCAGCUUUUAAAUCACUUGGACUUAAUGUUCCCCAAUUCUCUCGACCCUUAUUAGCUACUUCUGCGGGAAAUUCCACUGGGCACGAAGGUGCAACUAACUCGUCGGGUGAUGACACAACUAGUAGCUUUGUUGGUAUAAAACACAAAGAGCCUGUUUUAGCUAAGCCAUCUAUAGAAGGAUGUGAGAAUUAUGACAACAUUGCACCAGAUAUUGAAGGAAAAAAACCAACAAAAAUAUCUGACAUUAGAUUAGGGACUUCGGCAGAAGUAAGCUCAAGUGCAGUUAUGCAAUGUAAUUCUGGUGAUGGAAAUCCAGCCGUUGGUGAUGCACUUGAUCCUGCUGAUGAUCACACUAAAAAUGUGGAGACUAUUUCUGUUUUAGGAAAUUAUGGAAAUGGAAACAAGGUUUGUGAUGGGUCUCUUGCUAAUGGAGCUGAGAAAACUAUGCAGGAACUGUCGGGCAGAGAAAAUGUGUCUCCUGACAAAAAGGACAGAACACACAACAAGGGUCCAAUGAAUGCAGCAAAUAUUCCUGGUGGAUUUGAUUCAUUUUUGGAUUUGUGGGAGUCUACCCAAAAUUUCUACUUUGACAUUCACUUUAACAAACAAUCUGGACUGAACUCUGCUGCCCCCUUCGAAUUACAUGGCAUAGCCAUCUGCUGGGAAAAUUCACCUGUAUAUUAUGUCAAUCUUCCUAAAGAUCUGCUGUGGUCUCACACCAAAAAAGAUGAUUAUUUACCCAUAACUUCAUCCAGUGAUAAAAAGAAUGACCUUAGUUCAAACCAUUUGUUGGAGACAGCUAAUCGUAGGUGGAAUAGAAUUGGGAGGAUAAUGGUUAAAAAGGAUGUCAAGAAAUUUACUUGGAAUUUAAAGAUUCCGAUUCAGGUGUUUAAAAUUCCUGCUGUUUCCAUUCAGAGAUUUGGUGGCCUGAAUCAUGCAGCGAGAAAUAUGGGUCUUGAGCUUGUGGACAACCUAUAUUUUAUCUUGCCACCAAUUUCUUUGCAAGGUGUGAUUGACAUGUGCAUUGUUGCGUGGAUCCUUUGGCCUGAUGAAGAGAGAAGUUCAUGUCCAAAUCUUGAGAAGGAAGUUAAGAAGAGAUUAUCGGGUGAAGCUGCAGCGGCUGCUCACCGGUCUGGUAGGUGGAGGAAUCAGAUGCGAAAAGCUGCACACAAUGGUUGUUGCCGUCGGGUUGCUCAGAUUCGAGCCCUAUGUUCUGUUCUUUGGAAGUUACUUGUUUCUGAAGAACUUGUUGAAGCACUUAUGAGCAUUGAAAUACCUUUGGUCAACGUUCUUGCAGACAUGGAGGUUUGGGGAAUAGGUGUUGACAUGGAUGGCUGCCUUCAGGCACGGCAUGUCUUGGGGAAAAAGCUCAAGUGUCUGGAGAAGGAAGCUUAUAACCUAGCUGGCAUGACAUUUUCAUUGUAUACAGCUGCGGAUAUUGCAAAUGUACUCUAUGGACACUUGAAGCUGCCCAUGCCCGAAGGGUGUAAUAAAGGAAAACAACAUCCAAGCACUGACAAGCAUUGCUUGGAUUCUUUAAGGAAUGAACAUCCUAUUGUUCCGGUCAUUAAAGAGCACCGUACAUUGGCAAAGCUAAUGAAUUGUACAUUGGGAUCAAUUUGCUCACUGGCCAGGCUAUCUGCAAGAACACAGAAAUACACACUGCAUGGCCAUUGGCUCCAAACAACUACAGCAACUGGACGACUUUCAAUGGAGGAGCCUAAUCUUCAGUGUGUUGAGCAUAUGGUUGAUUUCAAGAUGAAAAACAAUGACCAAAGUGGAGUUGACCCUGAUGCUGAUAGUUAUAAAAUUAAUGCACGUGAAUUCUUUGUGCCUACCCAGGAGAACUGGCUACUGUUAACAGCAGAUUAUUCACAGAUUGAACUUCGCCUGAUGGCUCACUUCUCAAAUGACUCAUCACUGAUUGAACUCCUUAGUAAGCCGCAGGGUGAUGUCUUUACCAUGAUUGCAGCGAGAUGGACUGGGAAGCUGGAAUCUACUGUUAGCUGUCAUGAACGGGUUCAGACCAAAAGGUUGGUCUAUGGCAUUCUCUAUGGAAUGGGUGCAAACACCGUUGCAGAACAAUUGGACUGCACUUCUGAUGAAGCUGCAGAAAAAAUUCAAAGCUUUAAAAGUUCUUUCCCUGGUGUUGCUGCCUGGCUUUGUGAAACAAUUGCAUCUUGUCGUCAAAAGGGAUAUGUGAUGACUCUUAGAGGAAGGAAACGCUUCCUGUCAAAAAUAAAACUUGGAAAUAGCAAAGAGAAGUCAAAAGCGCAGAGACAAGCUGUGAAUUCGAUUUGUCAGGGAUCUGCCGCUGACUUAAUCAAGAUUGCAAUGAUAAACAUUUACUCUGUGAUUGUUGAAGGAGUUGAGAUGCCUAAUCCAAGCUCUGCGUUUGCAGCAAAAUUUCAAAUGCUUAAGAACCGAUGCCGAAUUCUUUUACAGGUACAUGAUGAGCUAGUACUAGAAGUUGAUCCUUCUGUUAUAGAGCAAGCUGGAUCAUUGCUACAAGUAAGCAUGGAAAGGGCUGCCUCUCUUCUGGUUCCUUUGCAUGUAAAACUGAAGGUUGGGAGAACAUGGGGCUCUUUGGAGCCUUUCCAGUCUGAAGAAUGUAAGGAUGAAGUUCUUGUGCCUCGUUCUUAGAUUAUGAAGUAAUCACCUUGGAAAGCGAAGAUAGACGGCCAUCAGACUGAUUGGUUCUUCUUCAUUUUAAUAUGAGGUCUUAAAGGCGAAGAUCUCUGGCUGUCAUUGGUUUUACUUCAUCUUUAUUAUGAGGUCUUAAAGUGGAUGAUUUUCCAGUGCUUUUGAGCACACCUAUGCAUGUGGCAAUGCCAUUCUAAUUAUUCAGGUUAAGUGAUAUUCUACCUUUGAAAAGAGGAGGGUCGGGUUAGGGGAUUGAUUACAAGUGGUUGCUUGAAUUGUGAUCUGAAACAAGGUUUGCCUUCAGUUGACAUCCACGAGGGAUAUGAAAAAGGAAAAUGGGUAGGUUUGGAACGAGCUGGUGGUUCGUCUCAAGUUGUCUAUCCAAUGAGCCAAUGAAAAGCAACAUCUUGUUUUAUUCAAUUGGAUAAUUACAGCUUCAACCUUUUUAUUAAUGGAAUUGUAGAACCUGUAAUUCAUGUCAAAUAAAUCACACAUUUUGCCUCCAAGCUUGAGUUUGGUAAUAUAACGAACAGAUAGGCAUAGUGCAGUUCUAGUGAUGUUUUCUAAUGCUUCAAUUGCUGAUUGGUUUCUAAGUUCAUUUUUGUUAUGAAAACAAGUCACAUGAAAAGGACUUGCUCAACUUGGCAAGUUUGCUUUAUCAGAAAGGAUAUAACAAUGUCUCCAAGUUUUGUUGGUGUCAUUUAAUGAAGUUUGGCGUCUCCUUGAGAGCAACCUGUAGAGUCAUAUCACCUUCGAUUGUUUUGAAAUCUUGCAUCUCAUGUAGCAGUCAUUAUGGGAUGAAUCCAGUUGUCUGCCUCUUGGGAAUUGUUUCCAGUUUCAUCUUCUAGUGGCAGAGUUACUUUCAGACUUUGAAUGGAGCAGGAAGACUUCAGAUGGUUCUAUACUAUGGGAAACUUACAUGGCUGAAAAGAUUUUACUGUUUCGGGGAUAAUAAGCUUUUUCAAUAAAUUUUGAUGCAGCUUGUGAAAUGUUUUGAAGUAGGGAGAUAAUGUUUGAUGGUGUGAUGGUGUGAACUAAUGUAAACUUCUAGUGUGCUUUCAGCCUGCAUUUGGUAAGUGAGGAUCUUGAUGGUAUAUGGAAGUGCUCAUGCAGUUUAUAGAAGUAGUCAUAUUGAUUCAAAGAGGAUGGUUGCCUUUGUGAUGGAUGCAUCUAGUCAUAUGCCUUUCUGGAUAGUUUCCAGUUUCCUCUUCUUGCGGUUUGGACUGGAGUUAAUCUGAAAGACUUUGAAUGGGGUGGAAAUAUUUCAGAUGGAUCUAUAUAAUGUGAAACUUGUCAUAGCUGAGAGGAUUUUUUUGUUGCAGGGAUAACAAGCAUUUUUUCUGAAUUUUGAUACAGCUUGUGAAAUGUAUCAAAAGGCAGGUAAGGUUUGAUGCUGUGUUGGUGUCAACUGAUGCAGACUUCUAGUGUGCUUUUCAGCCUGCAUUUGCUAAGGAGCUUGACACUCUAUUGUGUUGGUGGGAAUUUAAAGCAUGUUCUGAGGUAUAUCUGUGCUCAGUAUUUGUUCAGGCGUACUCUGCACUAAUAUCAUGACUGCAUGAUAUUAAAGAGAAAAUGAGCAAUGACUUGCCUAUAGAGGUGGAGGUGCCAAACUUGGAGGAUGCAAUAAUUAUGCAAGCUACUUCCCAACAUCAACCUUCAAAUCCCAGCAUGACAAGUGAGAGUGCUACUAAUCCUCCCAUUGAAUCUAAUCAAAAAAUGAGGAAGAGAAUGAGACCAAGAUUUGAAAUGUGGGAUCACUUCACUAAAUUGUGACUGAGUCUGGUGAAAUUAAGGUCUAUACAGAUCUCUUAGGUGGGGGAUGAGAAGGCCAAACUUGUCAUAUUGUUGACUUCAGCAAUGAAGAAAAGGGCUGGCGUUUUUAGUUACAUCUGGGACCUCCUGAGAGAACAGUGUUGAGCAUUUUAUAUGAUUUAUAUAUAAUGAAAAGUACCAUGCCAGAACAAGUGGCUAGUGCCUGGUGCAUUAGUAAAAUUCUUGAGCUCUCUAUCAGACUUUCACAUGUUUUGAGUUUUAGAGCACUUGCUUCAUUUGAAAAAUACUACAGAUACAGGCAAUGCAUGUAAUUCUGCUUAUGUGACAACCAUAGAUUCUUUUUCCAUUGAUUUUCUACUCCCGCUUCUAUUUUAUAGUCUCAACUGGUUCAAAA